AUGAAUUAGGAGUAUGAAAGAAUUAAGUUUAUAUUUCCAAGUUUAGACAAAUUUAUCAUAAUGGUAAAAUUAUAAUAAUCAUAAUAGGACUUUAACAAGAAGAUAGCCUUGUAAGAUUUGAAAUUUACAUUUACGAACGUUCUGAAGAUUGAUUUAUUUUCAAAGUUGCCUUAGUUUUCUGUUUCUAAAGGUUUUCAUUCUAUUUUAUUAAACUCUCAUCAAAGCUUAAGUGGACAAACAAAUUAAAAUUUUGUUUAAAGAGUUAAUAAUCACCUUGAGAUUAUAGUAAAGUUUUAAGAGGAAGGAGCAUGAUUAAAUACAAUAAUCAAACUUGAUACUUGGUAUUUAUCGUAUUUAAUAAAAUUAUACCAUAUA